CCGCAGCGCUGAGGGGAACUGGCGGGAACCCAGGCUCAGGCAGCAGCGAGGCGGGGCCCGCACACCCGCCUGCCCGAGGCGGCGAGGCACGGCGCCCCCCGCCCCCCUGGGGUGCCGAGCGGGGCCGGGCCGCCCCCUGCCCGCGGCGGCGGGGCGCUCUCACCUGCGCACACCCGCUCCCAGAGGCCGGGGGCACCGCCCGCCGCCAUGUCGCGCCGCGUUACCGCGGCAACCGCCCGCCGGUCCCCGCGGUUCCUGUUCCGGGGCGGCGGGCGCUGCACGUGGCCGCGGCAGGAUGGUUAUACAGAAAAAGAGGAAAGAAGUUCAUGAGGAACCUGUACAGAAAAAGAAAAAAUUGAAAAGUAGCAGAAGCCAGAUCAUUCAAAUUGAGAAAGAUAGUCAAUUUGUCAUUAAAACUGAGGAUGACCAGCUUGAGACAAAAACAAAGGUAAAGAAAAAGGAAAAUUUAAAAGAUGAAUGUUUAGACCAAUUAGAACUGAAGAACAAUAAGAAGAAAGGCAUGAAAAAGAAGGUUAGCUCUGAAUUAGCACAUUCAGAAAGCUUUGUGAAUAUGGAACGCCAUCUGGAUUCAGAACCUCAAGAAGAAUCAGAGGAACAAAUUAAAACUCUCAAAAAGAAGAAAAAAAAAGUCCAAUGUCAUUCCCGCUUAUCACUGGAGAAUAAUCAGAGUAGUGAUGUGAAGCCUUCACGUCAUCAUGCAGAUGGUACUGAGGAAAAUGAAUUUACUUUUAAAAAAAGCAGAAAGAUUACUGCUUUGUAUUUGGAAUUGGAUGGUAAAGUAACUAAGAAAAAAAAGAAGGAAGGCAUUUUUUCUUUGUCAUUAGAGGACAUCCAGGACAGUGAACAUAAGCAGUCUGAAAAAGUUUGUAAAAAACAACGCAAAUACAUUUCACAACAAACAGCUUUUAUGGGCAAACCCCAUGAAACAGAUGUUAUCCAGAAUGAUGGGAAGAUUUAUGUGAGAAGACAGAAGAGGAAGAAAGGUAAGUCCAACUCCUUUUUACCACUAGCAGAUAAUCAGGACAUUUGUGGAGUUCCCGAGAGCCUCAUUGCAUUAAGUGACUUCAGAAAAAGGCAAAGAAAGAAUUCCCAGGAAAUUACAUUGACAAAUAGUGAGGAAGAGGACACUGCCGAGAAUUCUGGAAGUAUUAAAGAGACCAAGAGGACGAAGAACAGAAGUAAAUGUGUGUCUUUCUUAACAUGUGAAGAUUAUCAAGACUACAGUCACAGAGUUCCUGAUGAGCCUCUCCAAGCACAGCAAGAGGCUGAGUCUGAGGAAAAAGAGCUUUCUGGAAAAAAAAGCAGGAAGAAUAUCAAGGGUAAUAAUGAAGUCAUCAAGAAGAAAAAGAAGAAUCAGAAAAAGGAGGAGGACACAACAUACCCAGAAGGUUCUUUAAACAAUGACAGCGCAUCUAAAAGCCAAAUAAUAACACUACUAGAAAACAAUAAAAAGAAGAAGGAGCGCAAAAAGAACAAAGAGCAAGCUGAAUGUGUUACAGGGGAUGUUAUAGAUAAGGUAUUAUGUGAUAGUAAUCACAUGACCUGUGACAGAAAAAGGAAAAAAAGAACAAAAGAACCACCACAGGACUUCACUGAAGACCCAGUUUCAAAAGCAAAUACAAAAAAGAUCAGAAGGGAAGACAUGGGAAAUAAGACAUUGCUUUUUCCUGUUUUACAGGUACAGGUGGAUGAUGUGGAUGAUGUAACUAUUGUGCAGGAAAAAAAAGGAAACUGUGAUGAAGUUAGCAUAGACAAGGUGAAACGGCAGGCUCUGCAAGAAGAAAUUGGUAGAGAAUCUGGCAAAACUAAGGGUUUCAGUCCCAAAAUGGAAUGGGAUACAAAGUUUGGCCAGUGGAGUACAGCUGCUUUUCGAAGUUCUGAGGAAGAAAAGAAGUUUUUCAGGCUGAUGGGUGGCUUUAAAAAGGGUUCAGUGCCCGUCCAGAAACUCUCAGCAGCUACAAACAAACCGAACAUGGCUCUGAACAGGGAAGGGGAGGAGAAGUUACAGCAGGCUCUGAAGAUGGAAUUUGAUAAAGCAAUGGACUUGAAACAACACAGAAGAAUUGGUCUUGGAUUUCAACCUGCUGCUAACAAAAAAGUAUACAUAGACAAAUACACAUCUAGAUCUAUAAAAUUUGAAGAUUAAAACUCUGAAGUAAUAAAAGGAAUGAAAAUUCAACACACAAAUUUCUUUUUACUUUCCACAUCUUUUUACUUGAAAUCAAUCACAAGAUGUUUAAGAAAUCUGAUUUAUGAGGCAUUUUUAGUACAAGUUUUUAACUGCAUAUCCCAGAUUAUGUGGAGCUGGGUCCUCACUUCAGCUAAAUAGUGUGUUUGCUCCUGAUAACUAACCAGAGCUUUUUGCCCGUCUUUGAGCUAUUUUUGCACUAAUAAAACCAGUAGUAAAACAUUUGAAAACA